AGCUCAACGUAUCCGCUUUUUUAUCGCAUUCUAAUAAGUAUUACAAUUACUUUCCAGUGGCAGACGUCUGUUGUUGUUCGAUGGCCGUUACCCUUUAUAGUCGUGCCUCCUUUCCUCACCAUCACCCUAGUGCUGGCUACCGCGAUGGACUUCCAGCUUAACACCACCAAUGAUACAUUGCAGGUAUUUCUCCCGGACACUAUGCAGAGCAUAUCCGACCUCAAGGAGUUGAUGAACUUAUUUCCGCCACGAGACGCACAACGAGACAGCUACAGUAUCUUUGGAUCGAAAUUCGCUUCGUUCGUACUCGAGGACGUGGACGGUAACGCUGUCAGUCCUAAAGCCAUCGAAAACGUUGCCGCACUUCACAAGUCCAUCAUGUCGCUGAAGGCUGCGAAGGCGCUACGGAUCUUUUAUUUGUUGGAGCCAUCGAAUGAAGUAGAAAGUUGGAUUGACACAUUCUUGGAACAUAUGGACAACUGUCGUGCGAAUUCGUCGUCGCGUCUCUUUUGGACCUCAUCGAAGAGUUUGGCGAGUGAAAUGGAGCGCAACAGUACGGUACGCCAUUGA